AUGGGAAGAACAAGGAGGCCUGUGGUUUACUUUUGCUUGAGUUUUCUUCUCCGGAUGUUGUUGAUCGUUGCCUCCACAGUUAGUGCUGUGACUAUGGCAACUAGCAAGGAUACCCAAUAUUGGUUCGAUUACGAUCUUGACACUGGCCAUAACAGGAGUGGUACCAUUUCGUUCAAAUUCACUGAUUCUCCCUCAUUCAUAUACUUUGUUGCGGCAUUAUCUGUCGCGGGCGUUUAUGGUAUCAUUACCAAGUUAUCAACUUGUUUAGUCAUCUGCUUAGCGCCGUCCUCAUCAAUCAUGUUGGUUCUCUUUGCGGUUUUUGAUGUGUUGAUAUUGGGAGUGGUAGCCUCAGCAACGGGGACAGCUGGUAGUGUUGCUUACGGCAUAUUCAAGGGUGAUCUUUGCUCUACUUACAGCCGCUUCUGUCGACAUAUAGGAAUCGCUUUGGGGUUCGCCUUAUUUGCCUCAGUUUUUCUUGUCAUUCUUUUAUGGACCUCCCUUAUUAGUCUCUACAAAAGGAUCCCGAAACAAACCUUUGAGACAUCACAACCACUUCCACAGUCUCCAUUACAAACCCCACCACAAGCACCGAUCUCAGAGACUUCACCACAUGCGCAAGAAUUAAGGAACUGA